AUGACAAAUCAUGAACAAGAUGAAAAAGAGUCGUUCAUGAAAGCCAUAUGGGUGAGAUUCACAUGGUCACAUAUCUUUUUAUCCAGUAAUGCCUAGGGGCAAUGGUUAGAAACUAUUUUAUAUACACGCGUGCUUUUUAAUUAAGCUUGCGUUAUUGUAUCUUUAAUUUCUUCUUUUUCGCCAAUUAAUGCAUGCUCAACAAAUUCUGCAUGUGACCUGGGCAUCGGAUCCUCUUGUCUUAGGUUUGAUUGACCUCCUUUGUCAUUCUUCGUCUCCCACUGUUAGCCCGCGUCUCUCUACUGGUUAUUCUGUCGUAAAGUCCGUCUCUCAGAUUGCUAUCACAUUAUAACUCUAGAGUCAUUAUUGUGAUCUGUAUGCUCAAUUUUAUCUACAAAUCUGUCCUAUAUUUAAUAAGAGCCAACAUCCUUGCAGUUUCUUUCAAGAAAAUGCCACAUUUCAACUUUCAUCGUUCCUGUUAAAAUUAUUUAUUUUAUUUUUCAGCAUCAGGAUGCAUUGAAAAAUGGAUCAAAUGAAACAUUGCCAGAGUACGCUCAUUCAGGGUACACAGAGUUCUUGAUAGUCAUUUAUACAACCAUGAUCAUAAGUCUCUGUGGUGUCAUAUCAAAUGGUUUUCUCCUGGUCGUUUUUGCUGCAGAUCCAUUGCGGUGUUUACGUAACAUCUCUUCAGGCCUGAUUCUAAACCUAUGCAUUGCAGACUUUCUUACUGCUAUAAUGAUUUUCCUAUGGACGACAACGCAUUGGAACUGGGCGUCUGAGAAAUUUGGCCAGAUCGUUUUUUGCCUUGUUUGGUUUGGAUAUUCAGCAUCAUUUAUUACCAUUGCAUUGCUCUCUUUGGAAAGGUACAUCGUAAUACGUCAUAUUUGGUCAGCAGACACGAUCAUAACAAAGAGAAGGACUACCUAUGCUGUUGUGAUGAUUUGGUUAAUUUCAGGGGUGUCAUUUAUUCGACUUGACCGUGAAAAGCUAAGCAUACACAUGUUUAUCUUGUCUUCUGUUUUUGAGCUUUGUGUUUUGGUCGUGAUUACAUUUUACAUAAAACUUUGGGCAAUUCGUCGACGCCAUGAUGCACUUCAGGAACAUCGAGCUCUUAUUAAACGAGAAAACAGACUAACAAAGGUGGUGUUUACCUUAAUAGUCAUACUUGUGCUAACGACAUUGCCCUUAAUAUUUCUCUACCAGUUACUACACGGUCUAUUACUUUUCUGUGGAAGUCAUUGUAUUGGCGAGGUAAUAAGGUCCAUUCCAGCCUACCUCACACCGGUAUUUGCAGUCAAUUUUGCUCUUAAUCCUGCAAUAUAUGGUUGGAGGCUUCCUAAAUAUCGUCGCUCCUUUGCUGCUCUGUUCGCUAUUGUUACGCGAAGUCCGGCGAGACAAAAACUGGAUAAAACCGAGGUAAAGAAAAGGAAUGAAACACAGAGUUUAGAGAUGAAUGCCACACAGAUUACAAAUGGAUCCUCCACUUCACUGUGA